GCCUUUCCUAACAACAACUUUCUUUCUCCAUCCAACCUUUCAACCUUUCAACGUCGAGAGUCUCGCUGCACCGCCUUCUCGCAUCUGCCAUCAAAGGCAUCCCAUUGCCUCUCGAGUUUUCACCUUUUUCAUCAACUCUUACGGCAUUUUUCUUCACUCUGAAUUUUCAUUUGACUUACGUUCCUUUUUAAUAUACCAAGCCUUGCGACACGUAUCCAUCGCGAUAAUCUUACCAUUCCAUCACCAUGUCGGCUGAAGAGGAUCUGAUCGACUACUCCGACGAGGAGCUGGCAACAAACGAGGCCACCACCGCCACCAACGGCAAGAAGGCCGAUGCUGCUGCUUCAGGCAACAGUGUUGACAAGAAGGGAUCCUAUGUCGGCAUCCAUGCUACCGGUUUCCGUGAUUUCCUACUGAAGCCUGAGCUUCUACGCGCCAUCGCCGAUUGCGGGUUCGAACAUCCAUCGGAGGUCCAGCAAACCUGUAUUCCCCAGGCUCUCCUCGGAGGUGAUAUUAUCUGCCAGGCAAAGUCGGGUCUCGGUAAGACGGCUGUGUUCGUCCUCACUACCCUCCAACAGGUCGAACCUGUUGCUGGCGAGUGUUCCGUCUUGGUCAUGUGCCACACCCGCGAGCUGGCCUUCCAGAUUCGAAACGAGUACAACCGUUUCAGCAAGUAUAUGCCAGACAUUAAGACCGGUGUCUUCUACGGUGGUACGCCUAUUCAGAAGGACGCCGAAAUCCUUAAGAAUAAGGAGACCCAUCCCCAUAUCAUCGUUGGUACUCCGGGUCGUCUCAACGCCCUUGUUCGAGACAAGUACCUACGCCUGACCAGCGUUCGAAUCUUCGUUCUUGAUGAAUGUGACAAGAUGCUUGACGCUAUUGAUAUGCGACGAGAUGUUCAGGAUAUUUUCCGAGCAACCCCGCAGCAGAAGCAGGUCAUGAUGUUUUCCGCCACACUUUCCGAUGAAGUGAAGCCGGUCUGCAAGAAGUUCAUGCAGAACCCUACCGAACACUACGUAGACGAAGACACUAAAUUGACUCUUCACGGCUUGCAGCAAUACUACAUCAAACUUAAGGAACAAGAGAAGAAUCGUAAACUUAACGAGCUUCUUGAUGACUUGCAGUUCAACCAGGUCAUCAUCUUCGUUAAGAGCACGAUCCGUGCCACUGAACUCGACAAGUUGCUUCGCGAAUGCAACUUCCCAUCUAUCUCAGUGCACUCGGGAGUCAGCCAGGAAGAGCGUAUCAAACGCUACAAGGAGUUCAAAGAAUUUAACAAGCGCAUCUGUGUCGCUACCGAUGUCUUUGGUCGAGGCAUUGAUAUUGAGCGUAUCAACCUGGCUAUCAACUAUGAUUUGCCUGCCGAUGCUGACUCUUACCUCCACCGUGUUGGUCGCGCCGGCCGAUUUGGUACCAAGGGUCUCGCAAUCUCAUUCGUAAGCACUGAUGCAGACCAAGAAGUGCUGAAGGCAAUUGAGAAGCGAUUCGAGGUCGCCCUUCCCGAAUUCCCCAAGGACGGUAUUGAUGCUAGCACCUACAUGGUAUCUUAAAUCCACUUGCGUUUUCAAUCGAUUUCCUUUAUUUUCGCCCAUGGCUUGGUUUUGGGUCGAUUUGGUGAAGUUGAUGUGUGUACGCCCGCUCGUCUCAGAAAAGGGGAUAUUUCCGAAAAGUAAGGGAUUCGUUAGGCAUUAAGGCUUUCUGUACAUUAUACUCUUUCAGCUUGCAACGGGCGACCAGCACACCCUCGGAGAAGACUAAGGGUCAGUAGUUAGGUGCUUUGAGCAUGUUGUAGCUCAUGUCGGGCUCCCUAUUAGCAAUUUCAUACACGGCCAUAGUCCGUAGUCUCAGGUUUCGCAAUGAAUAGACUGGUAUGAUGAAACUAGUACCACAUAUUUUAUAUUUUA